AUGUCGGGGGAGCACCCCGUACGUCCCAUCGACCGUGGAGAUGAUUGGGUCGAAUUAGAGGCGGAUAAUUCAUGGAUUCCACCUGGGUCGAGGCCAAGUAAACCUAGUGGUUCUGAAAGCCACAACAUGUCAGCUGCCGCUAAUUCUGCCACUUCUCCUCUCCCUUUUGCACCUAAUGUAGAAGUAGAUGCAGAGCCUGACGAGGAAGUGCCUCGACAUGAUGAUGAGGAUGCGAUUCUAUUCCCUGAACUGAUAAAAAGCAACCCACACGGGCACACUUUCCCACCUGGAGGGGGAUGGGGAAAGGAAAAAUCUAAGCUUGCAAAGGUUAGGUGGGUGGCAGAUGCAAUCUUGGAUUGGAUGAGGGAAACACCAACAAUUGGUCCAAUAGCACUCCAUGGGAAGCUAUUUGAGAAGUACAAGAUUAAUAUAUCUUACAUGAAGAUUUUCUAUGCUAAGGAAAGGGCUCUUGAUAAGAUUAAUGGUCCAUGGAAUGAGAGUUUUCAGUUGCUUUACACCUUCAAAGCUGAAGUGGAGACGACUAGUCCAGGGAGUGUUGUAGAGAUUGACAAGCAUACAGUUAAGCCCUAUUUGGCCGUUGAUGCAACUGCUUUGAAUGGAAGAUGGAGAGGCCAGCUAGCAGCAACUUCUGCAGUUGAUGGACACAACUGGCUAUUCCCAGUUGCAUUUGGUGUGUUGGAGGUAGAGUCCGAGGAGAGUUGGGUCUGGUUUCUGCAGCAGUUGCGCAACAUUAUAGGUACACCCUCAGGUUUAGUUAUACACAUAGAUGCUUUCAAGGGUUUAGAAACUACAGUAGAAAUUGUAUUCCCUGGAGUGGAACAUAGGGAAUGUAUGCGACACCUAGCGCAGAAUUUUAAAAAGAAAUUCAGAGGCAAAGUUUAUGAUGAGAACCUAUGGCCAGCAUCAUACACAUGCAACUUGAGGAAGCAUGAGCACCAUUUGAGAGUGAUGUAUGCUCACAAUCCUUUGGUGAAGGAGUACAUGGAUGCACACCAUGGAAAGUUGUGGUCAAGAAGCAAAUUCAAUGAAAUAUGCAAAGUAGACUAUGUGACCAAUAACCUCGCUGAGUGUUUCAAUGCAAAGUUCAAGUCAGUGAAAGGGCUUUUGUUGUGGCAAGCAUUUGAUAAGAUCAGGCAGAUGAUCAUGAUAAAGAUGGCUCUUCGUAAAAGAAUUACAGAAACACAAUAUGUUGGCCAUCUUAUGCUCCCAUCUCUGAUUAAGGCAUGGCAUGCCAAUGCAAGAGGACUAAGGAUGAAAUGCAUUCUACCGUUGACAUACGAGGCUGAGGUGACAUACACAAACAAUAAAAAUAGGGAAUGGAGAUAUCCAGUGAACCUUGCAACUAAUGAAUGCAGUUGUAGGCAAUGGCAGAUCCGCGGGAAGCCGUGCAUACAUGCCCUACAUCUUAUGACUGUUAUUGGAGGUGAAGAUGGUGAAGUUGAUCAGUAUUGCUCUGAAUAUUUCUCUGUUGCCAAAUUUAGGGCUGCUUAUGCUGAAAAUGUGCCUGCACUCUUGGGAAAAGACCAAUGGAACAUAGUAGACCCAGGGUUCAAACUUUGUUCUCCUGUACUGACUAGACCACCAGGAAGACCAAGGAAAAACAUGAUAAGAGCUGGUGAAGAGGGCCGCGUAAAAAAACAACGUAAGUGUAAAAGAUGUGGUAUAUUAGGGCAUAUUGCUAGGCGUUGUACCAAUCCAGUUGAUGCAUCAUUUGGAGAAGAGGAACAAUGGGCAGCAAAAAAUGCAAAGGAGAAUGCAGCAGCAUAG